CACACUGGAAGUUGAAGCCAAGCGAGAAGGCAGAGAGUUUUGUCGACUGGAGAAGAUUAGGUCCUUGAAUCUGGGGAUCGAUGCGUCUUCAUUAUUCGCUCAGGCUACUCUCGAGUUAAUUGUCUAAAUUAAAAAGUUUAUCCCCCCCCGCCCCGCCCUCAAUAUACACAUAUAUCGCUCUGGAAAAGACAAAAACAACGAAAAGCGACAAAAAAAGCAGCAAAACGAAACGCAGAGAAAAUGUUAAAAAAAUCGAACCAAAUUGUUCAGACUGUUGUCCGGUUGCAGUUGCAUUCGCAUUGAAGGAGUAAACCCAAUCACCCCAGCAUCCCAGCAUCCCAGUAUCCCAGUAUCCCAGCAUCCCGACCACCCAAGAAUCCCGUCCAGAAACCCAUCGAAAGCCCCGAAAAGGAGUCCAUUUAGUGCAGCAUCUAGUCAGGAAGUCAGGAAGGAACUGUGAUCGCAGUUGAUCGUUGGUCGUCUCGCGUUGAUGCCGAAAUUCAAUUCAUUCCAUUUACUUUUGCAUUCUCGAUACUCAUUGUGUGUUUCUCUACAUCUCUCUCUCUCCCCCCCUUUCUGACCCCAUCCCUAUCCUCCCUACAUAUAUAUCUAUAUCUAUAUAUAUAUACACCGAUUUGGAUACGGACCACGGACAGCAGUUGGUUGGCAGUGCGCUGCGACCACAGCUAAAGGCAGCACCACGGCAGCCGGCAAGGGAAACGGAAAGACCAGCGGAAGGGGAAGGGGACGAGCAAGUGGGAAGAGCUACCAUUACCAUGCGGCGAUGGCUCGUCCGCUGCUCCUGCUCCUGCCCGCCCUCCUCGUCCUGCUGCUCGCCGCCCAGCUGCCCCACCUGGCCGAGGGGCGCAGCACCACCAGCAGCGGCGGUCUCACGGUGAUCGACAGCGAACGCCUGCGCAUUCGCACCACCUCCAGCACAGCAUCAGCAUCAGCUACAGCUACAGCCUCAGCUGGAGCUCAGCAUCCAAAUCAGGCGACGAUCCCGGCCAGCGUGAGUCCGCGCAAGCGCCACCGGAAGCGGAACAGCAACUGGAUCGACUAUCGCAACUUCGACGAGAACACCACCGCCCUGGAGUGGGCCAAUCCCUGCGGGGGCAACUAUCAUCCCACGGCCGGAGAUCGCUUCAAUCGCCAGCGGCCCAGGCAGAGCUUCAAUCAGCUGAAGCGCCACGCCUUUAGGGAGUACCGCAGCCUGAACAGCAGCCAGGACUCGGCCAUCGAUAUCCGCAACAUGACCAUGUGGUCGCUGCACACGCACAACUACAAGUUCCUGCCCAAGCUCAAGCCCAAUUCCACGAUUGCCCUGAAGCGCUGGUACCGCAACAUGCAAACGUACGUGGCCAGCUUCGCGUAUCUGAGGCGCCAGCAGAUCCGCUGGGACCAGCGGUCCAUCACCCGCGAGUCCAGUACCGCCCGCGAGCUGCGCGAGCUGCUCCUGAGCUCGCGGCGCAUCCUCUGCGAGCUGGAGACCGCCGUCAACCAGACGCAGAGUCCGCGCCAGAAGCAGCGGCGCAGUGGUGCGGCGGUCAUAGCAGUUGGUGGCACCACCAGCAGUGGCAGUAGCAGCACCACUGGCCCCACCACCACUACAGUGGGUCAGCAGCUGCCGCAGAUCUCGCGCCUUGAGAUGAACAAGCGUCUGAAGCUGCGCUCCAAGACGAGUGGCUCCGGCAUGGGUGGUGCAGCCACCAGUGCGUCCAUGGCAGCCGGCGAGGCGGACUCGAUCGACAUGCGCUUUGUGAAGCACCACUACUACGACUUCCUGCGCACCAUGUACCAGCUGCUGCGGCGCGAUGGCAAGCGGGUGAGGAGUCGGCCACGCAAGCACCACAAGAAGCACCACAGGAACCAGCAGCAGCGGAGCCACAAGAAGCAGCAACAGCAGCAGCAGCAGCAGCAGCAGCAACAGCAGCAGCAGCUGGCGGAUCAAGUGGAGCAGCGGUGGCGCAGCGCCACCUUGAAUGGCAAGGAGUUCAACGAGGUCUCCAAGCCGGUGGCAGGUGGUGCGGCUGCAGGAGUUGCAGGUGCUGCCGGUGGUGGCAACCACCAAUUUGCACGUGGCAGACGUGGCAAGCGCCAGUCGAAACGCAGUCACGUGCAGCGCACGUGAAACCGCAUACACAAUCAUCGCCCCAAUCAUCAGCACCCCCUCCCUCAUUAUCCUCAGGACACGCCCCCUUCCCCUCUCCCCCCUCUCCCCCAUGUCCCACAAGACCCAAAACCCUUUAAUUUAACCGUUAAUUGAUCGAUCGUAGCUUAAGUAAAUUAUUUGAUUGCCAGCACAGA